CGACGUCGUGGCAAGUGGCAACCUUCUAGUAGGCUCUCUCUCCUCGUAUCCUGCAAAGUGCAAACCAAGCAACGAACCACAGGGCAGCAUAACCGCCAUAACUACAAACUCCAAAAUUUUUACUAUUUUUUUUUCUUUUUAACUAAAUAUAUCAAAUCCAUGAAUCAUUAUUAUUUUUAUCCAUUUUCCAUUUCCAUUUCCAUUUCCAUUAAAGAAUAUAGCACAGAACAGAGCAAGAUAUCUGGGUUUAAAGUCGUAAACCCUUUCUUUUGAUCACUACAUGAUUCAGGUACCAUAAAUGUUACUGUCCUUUUAGAAAUUUUAGGUUGGUGAACUGAGCAUAGAUCAGGAAUGGCUACUUCAGAUUCACUUCUGCAUCCUUCUUUUCAAUUUGAUCUUUGUCUUAAACCCUAUUUGAGUUCUUCAAUUUCCUUGGGAUGUCCUAUAAGGUUAAAGGGUUCAAGGGGGGUGAGAAAUCACUUGGAAAUCGGUUGUUAUUCGAGGUUGAAAUCUAUCCCUCCUAGGAGAACAAUAGUUAAAAGGCUUGAUUGUUUGAGUAGAGAUGAUUCAAAUGGACCCUUGUUUCAUGACAAUAGUGACAAGUUGAAUCCUAGUUUAGCUGAAGUUAUAUCUAGUGAAAAAAUAGCUGCUGCAGCAGCAAAAAGCGAGAAAGCAUUGAGGAUUAAAGCUGAUUCGAUUGAGGAUGAAGCGUGGGAGCUACUUAAUGAAUUGAUUGUUUAUUAUUGCGCUAAUCCGAUUGGAACAAUUGCUGCGAAUGAUCCAACUUCCGCAAGUAUUUUGAAUUACGACCAAGUCUUUAUUCGUGACUUUAUACCUUCUGCUAUAGCCUUCCUUUUGAAGGGUGAGUAUGAUAUUGUGCGGAACUUCAUCCUACACACUCUUCAGUUGCAGAGUUGGGAGAAAACCAUGGAUUGCCACAGUCCAGGUCAAGGAUUGAUGCCUGCUAGCUUUAAAGUGCGAACGAUUCCCCUAGAUGGCGAUGAUUCUGCGACUGAGGAUGUACUUGAUCCUGAUUUUGGUGAGGCAGCUAUAGGUCGUGUUGCUCCUGUCGACUCUGGACUUUGGUGGAUUAUAUUGUUGAGAGCUUAUGGAAAAUGCUCUGGAGAUCUUUCAGUGCAAGAAAGGGUUGAUGUUCAGACUGGAAUGAAGAUGAUUCUCAAGUUAUGUCUAGCUGAUGGUUUUGACAUGUUUCCAACUCUACUUGUGACUGAUGGCUCUUGCAUGAUUGAUCGUCGUAUGGGCAUUCACGGUCACCCCCUUGAAAUUCAGGCGUUGUUCUAUUCAGCAUUACUGUGUGCGCGUGAAAUGGUCACCCCUGAAGAUGGAUCAACUGACCUCAUAAGAGCACUUAACAGUCGCUUGCUUGCACUGUCAUUCCACAUUAGGGAGUACUAUUGGAUUGAAAUGAAAAAACUCAACGAAAUAUACCGUUACAAGACAGAAGAAUAUUCAUUUGAUGCAAUAAACAAGUUCAAUAUCUACCCCGACCAAAUCCCACCUUGGUUAGUAGAGUGGAUGCCCGAGAAAGGUGGGUAUCUGAUAGGAAACCUGCAACCUGCCCACAUGGAUUUCAGAUUCUUCUCUCUUGGAAACUUCUGGUCUAUCGUAAGCAGUCUUGCAACAUCAGACCAAUCACAUGCCAUAUUAGACCUUGUCGAAGCUAAGUGGGCUGAUCUUGUGGCAGAUAUGCCUUUCAAAAUUUGUUUCCCUGCGCUUGAAGACCAAGAGUGGCGAAUUGUCACAGGCGGUGAUCCAAAGAAUACCCCCUGGUCUUAUCACAAUGCAGGUUCAUGGCCUACUUUGCUCUGGCAGCUCACAGUGGCUUGCAUAAAGAUGAACAGACCAGAGAUUGCAGAAAAAGCUGUCAAAAUCGCAGAGCAGCGUAUAUCAAAAGACAGAUGGCCUGAAUAUUACGACACAAAAGGAGCUAGGUUCAUUGGCAAACAAUCUCGCUUAUUUCAGACAUGGUCUAUCGCAGGUUACCUGGUGGCCAAACUCUUGCUCGCCAAACCUAAAAUGGCAAAAAUCUUGAUCAACGAAGAGGACUCGGAGCUUGUUAAUGCCUUCUCAUUUCUUAGUGCCAACCCACAGAGUAGGAAACGCUCUAGAAAAAGACUCAAAAAGACUUAUAUCAUCUGAGUUGCAAGGUACACCUCAAAAUUACUUGCAUUCUUUUUUAGGAAUUUGUAUAAUGUGACUUUUUGGGAUGGCAGAGAAUUUAGUUGGUUUUUGUCGAAAAAAAACCGGGGUGAGAGUAGCUCGUGGCAUCUACAAAUUCUCGCCUUUGUUGUAUGUACGUAUAAUUUAGCAUAUCUUGUUAUAAAAGGUUCCAGAGAGACAAGAUAUUGAUCUGUUAUUAGUGUAUUGUUAAUAUCAGGGAGUCAUUAGUAGUUAGUUUGCUCCUUCCUUCUGAGUGAUGGCCUUGGACAUUAUAUCAAGGAAGAUUGUUGCUCCAUCUUAGUCAUUAAAUGAGAAUAAUCUUCUUUGUGCUUGUAGUACAAUGAAAUAUGGUAAAACUCAAAAUCCUUCACAAUAACUUUGAUGGGAUUGCGGAUGGAUAUAUCUUAGCAAAACCCAAACAAAGAGGAGAAGAGAUAACUCAUCACUUACAAUUUUAAAGGACGUUCAUUACUGAAACCAAUUGAUUGCAGCAGAGAUUACUCAAGUUUGUAAAGUGAUAUUACUCUUUUAUCUUUUUUCGAUGUGGGACAAUUUACAUGUGAGUUAAGAGUGAGUACUUCAACAACUUGUUUAAUAGCUUAAAUUAUUUUCUACUAUUAAUAAGUUAAGUUUACUUUUUGUAGGUUUCAUUAAUUUUGCCUAUUCUUUUUAUGCAACAUAUCUUAUGCGGAACAAAUGAUUUCUUUGGUUAUUGGUAUUAAAUAAUGGAAAUAAUUAUGACAGUUGUAUGUAAUUUAGCUAGAAAACUAUUUGAAAAGGUUUAUGAAUUAAGAUCAUGUAUGUUUAUCAUUCUUUUCCAUCCCAAAAUUCAUUAUCAUCCAUUACCACUUGGAAUUGGUAUUAGAUGGAAAAUGGUAAUGGAAAAUUGAACAAAAUCACAUGUUUGAGGGUGAGAGCUUUAUUACCAUUGAAAUGACAUAGCAUGUUUUAUGAAAAUCAAAACUAAAAGUCAUAUUCAGAUUAAUUAGUAUCAUUUAAUACCAAACACAGCAAAAGAAGUAUAUAAUAUCAAUAGUAAUAGUAACAUGCGUAGGAUUAGUCAUGUAGCUCACUACUUUCACUUUGAUUAGACAAGUGACUUGCACUUGAUGUUGGGUUUUACUGGGAU